GCAGUUCUUAGUUAGAUUAAUAUGUUAUAAUGGAAAUUCUGCACACAUAAUUCAUCAUUUUUUCAUCAUUUUAUUUCCCAAUAAAAUCUACAUUUUACAGUUGGACUGGCCCGCGAAUAGCUAUGCUAGUCUAGUCUUUAUAAAGAUAAAACUAAAUUUGAGAUAAUCGAUUUAUUGAAAGAAACGCAGCUUAUUUGCUCCCUUUUUCAGGUAUCGGUUGACCAACGCGUUUUUCAUGCAUGGAGAAGAAGAAUCAUUGCCCAUUGCAGUUCGUGCAGUUCUUAGUUAGAUUAAUAUGUUAUAAUGGAAAUUCUGCACACAUAAUUCAUCAUUUUUUCAUCAUUUUAUUUCCCAAUAAAAUCUACAUUUUACAGUUGGACUGGCCCGCGAAUAGCUAUGCUAGUCUAGUCUUUAUAAAGAUAAAACUAAAUUUGAGAUAAUCGAUUUAUUGAAAGAAACGCAGCUUAUUUGCUCCCUUUUUCAGGUAUCGGUUGACCAACGCGUUUUUCAUGCAUGGAGAAGAAGAAUCAUUGCCCAUUGCAGUUCGUGCAGUUCUUAGUUAGAUUAAUAUGUUAUAAUGGAAAUUCUGCACACAUAAUUCAUCAUUUUUUCAUCAUUUUAUUUCCCAAUAAAAUCUACAUUUUACAGUUGGACUGGCCCGCGAAUAGCUAUGCUAGUCUAGUCUUUAUAAAGAUAAAACUAAAUUUGAGAUAAUCGAUUUAUUGAAAGAAACGCAGCUUAUUUGCUCCCUUUUUCAGGUAUCGGUUGACCAACGCGUUUUUCAUGCAUGGAGAAGAAGAAUCAUUGCCCAUUGCAGUUCGUGCAGUUCUUAGUUAGAUUAAUAUGUUAUAAUGGAAAUUCUGCACACAUAAUUCAUCAUUUUUUCAUCAUUUUAUUUCCCAAUAAAAUCUACAUUUUACAGUUGGACUGGCCCGCGAAUAGCUAUGCUAGUCUAGUCUUUAUAAAGAUAAAACUAAAUUUGAGAUAAUCGAUUUAUUGAAAGAAACGCAGCUUAUUUGCUCCCUUUUUCAGGUAUCGGUUGACCAACGCGUUUUUCAUGCAUGGAGAAGAAGAAUCAUUGCCCAUUGCAGUUCGUGCAGUUCUUAGUUAGAUUAAUAUGUUAUAAUGGAAAUUCUGCACACAUAAUUCAUCAUUUUUUCAUCAUUUUAUUUCCCAAUAAAAUCUACAUUUUACAGUUGGACUGGCCCGCGAAUAGCUAUGCUAGUCUAGUCUUUAUAAAGAUAAAACUAAAUUUGAGAUAAUCGAUUUAUUGAAAGAAACGCAGCUUAUUUGCUCCCUUUUUCAGGUAUCGGUUGACCAACGCGUUUUUCAUGCAUGGAGAAGAAGAAUCAUUGCCCAUUGCAGUUCGUGCAGUUCUUAGUUAGAUUAAUAUGUUAUAAUGGAAAUUCUGCACACAUAAUUCAUCAUUUUUUCAUCAUUUUAUUUCCCAAUAAAAUCUACAUUUUACAGUUGGACUGGCCCGCGAAUAGCUAUGCUAGUCUAGUCUUUAUAAAGAUAAAACUAAAUUUGAGAUAAUCGAUUUAUUGAAAGAAACGCAGCUUAUUUGCUCCCUUUUUCAGGUAUCGGUUGACCAACGCGUUUUUCAUGCAUGGAGAAGAAGAAUCAUUGCCCAUUGCAGUUCGUGCAGUUCUUAGUUAGAUUAAUAUGUUAUAAUGGAAAUUCUGCACACAUAAUUCAUCAUUUUUUCAUCAUUUUAUUUCCCAAUAAAAUCUACAUUUUACAGUUGGACUGGCCCGCGAAUAGCUAUGCUAGUCUAGUCUUUAUAAAGAUAAAACUAAAUUUGAGAUAAUCGAUUUAUUGAAAGAAACGCAGCUUAUUUGCUCCCUUUUUCAGGUAUCGGUUGACCAACGCGUUUUUCAUGCAUGGAGAAGAAGAAUCAUUGCCCAUUGCAGUUCGUGCAGUUCUUAGUUAGAUUAAUAUGUUAUAAUGGAAAUUCUGCACACAUAAUUCAUCAUUUUUUCAUCAUUUUAUUUCCCAAUAAAAUCUACAUUUUACAGUUGGACUGGCCCGCGAAUAGCUAUGCUAGUCUAGUCUUUAUAAAGAUAAAACUAAAUUUGAGAUAAUCGAUUUAUUGAAAGAAACGCAGCUUAUUUGCUCCCUUUUUCAGGUAUCGGUUGACCAACGCGUUUUUCAUGCAUGGAGAAGAAGAAUCAUUGCCCAUUGCAGUUCGUGCAGUUCUUAGUUAGAUUAAUAUGUUAUAAUGGAAAUUCUGCACACAUAAUUCAUCAUUUUUUCAUCAUUUUAUUUCCCAAUAAAAUCUACAUUUUACAGUUGGACUGGCCCGCGAAUAGCUAUGCUAGUCUAGUCUUUAUAAAGAUAAAACUAAAUUUGAGAUAAUCGAUUUAUUGAAAGAAACGCAGCUUAUUUGCUCCCUUUUUCAGGUAUCGGUUGACCAACGCGUUUUUCAUGCAUGGAGAAGAAGAAUCAUUGCCCAUUGCAGUUCGUGCAGUUCUUAGUUAGAUUAAUAUGUUAUAAUGGAAAUUCUGCACACAUAAUUCAUCAUUUUUUCAUCAUUUUAUUUCCCAAUAAAAUCUACAUUUUACAGUUGGACUGGCCCGCGAAUAGCUAUGCUAGUCUAGUCUUUAUAAAGAUAAAACUAAAUUUGAGAUAAUCGAUUUAUUGAAAGAAACGCAGCUUAUUUGCUCCCUUUUUCAGGUAUCGGUUGACCAACGCGUUUUUCAUGCAUGGAGCUAAAAUCCGGUGUGGGGAUAUCUUUCACUGGUGCGGGCGACCAAUAGAUGACCAAUUCAGAAGGGUUGGUGAUACGGACGACGAGGUAACACUCCAAGAUCUCGAAGACAUAUCACCCGUAUUUAUCAGCAACAUUACAGCUAACGACUGGCAGAUUGCCGGUGGAGACGACCACGUUUAUCAGCUGAUAACAUUCUCGUCAGAAGGAGUCAAAGUUAUAGGCACCGGUGUAGAAAAUGGGGAAAUUCUAGCACGUUAUUUUGCAGGCCGUUUCCAUCCACACCUCAUGAAGUUGUCUGUAGCAAUGGCCGUAUCUGGAGCAGCUGUAAGCUUUGAUAAGGAAGGAUGCCAGAGUCGCCUAGAUACGGUAUUGGACCUGUUUGCUUUGAUGGGAAUUCAGAUGGGAGAGGAGAUCGUGUGCGAUGAGUGUCCAGAGGCUGAAAUAGGCUGGAAGGAGAAGAUUACACGAAUCCUGGUUGAAAUCUCAUGUAUUACUCCUCUGAUUGCCUUACCAUUUGUCUACUGGUUGGGAAACAGCAAAGAAUGGGUGGUAUACUUAGUGCUCCUCCACAUGGCGGUAGCUGUAUUGUUAGCUAGUCUAGCUGUGCUCAAUACUGGGUCUAUCCAGCCAGGAAAAAUGGAACGUUUUGUCAGAUGGUGUGUCACCCACAUUUUCUUUGUUCGCUUCUUUCGUGGCUUUUUAAACAUCAAUAAUGUGGGCACGAAUUCUCCACCAGUACUGCGACUCAGUGACGGAGGGCAUUUUGAGAACCUUGCCUUACUUCCACUGCUUGACAAAAAGUUACAGAAAAUUGUUAUAUUUGAUGGUUCCUGUAACCCUGGUGGCGACAAGUAUGCCGAUUCGUUAAUCCACGCUUUAAAGAUGGCAAGGGAAAAACUCCACUGCUCUUUUACAGGAAUAAGUGGCAGGGAUAUCAACGAAGAUAUCAGAGUGCACUUCCUGAAGAUGAAGUCACAUCAAAGACCAAGAAGUUAUAGGUUCCGAGUUCAUUACUAUGACGAGGAAGAUAACCAAAUAGGCGAAGGAGAGAUACUAUUUGUUGCACCAAGACACCCAUCUGAGAGCAUUCCAUUAAGAAGAAUCGUCACCGAGCAACCAAAACUUUGGACAUCGUUUGGCGUCGAACUAGAUGAUCCCGACCACAAAAAGUGGGGGAAAAGCCCGGAGAUUGCUGAACAGGAAGCCGACAGACUAACUGGCUGCUGCUGUCUUUGUUGCGAUAGAAACAGUUGCCAAUAUAUUUCUUCAUUUUCUCUCGGUAGAUUUCCUCAUCACAUCACAGCUUGUCAGUUCUUUACUCCUGACACCUUCAGUGCAUAUCAUCGUGAAGGCUACGCAGCUUGUGUUGAAGCUGAUGUAUUGGCAUUUUUUAAGACCCAACAAGGCUAUUAGAACUAGUUACGGCAAAUAUAACUUGCACUUUUGUAGUCUUCAGUUCUAUUUGGAGUAAUCUGAAUGAAGAAUUAAAAAGUCUGAGCGAUCUCUAAGCAAGCAAUAACAAAAAAAUUUCUUGAGUAUUUAUGUUUAAAGCCGACUUUUAUUUAAUGUUUUCUAAAGCACAUAGAUACAAAUACUGCUUCUAUCAUUAUCUAGUUCAUUUUUCUCGUUUCUUUUUUCAUUUAUCCACUUAUUUAAUGUUUUUUGUCUUGAGCUUUACAACGUACUCUGAUAAAGUUUGUAAAUUUGUGUGACUACACAGCUCGUUUACUAUCUGCUAUUCUGAGUAGUUUUUUGCCUUAUUAAUUUUACUCACUGCUUCACUUAUUCUACAUUCUGUGGCAAAUAAAUGGUUGGUUGUUGCUAUU